CUCUCCUCCCGUGCGCCUCCGAUCCGGCCGCGGAAUCCGGCGGGGGGUUGCGGUGCGUUGGCCGGCGAUUUGGUCGGGAGGGAGGGAUCGGCCAUCGGCGCGGGGGGAGCUGCGGAUCGAGCUCCGGGGUUGACGGAUUCGGCCGCGCGGAACGGGAGAGUUCGGGGGUGCGGUUUUGAGGCGGUGCGGUUUGCCGGAGGUGAGAGGGAGGGAGAGGGAGAGGGAGGGGGGUGGCAUAUGCGUGUGACGGUCACGCCCAAGGACGAGGAGAGGCUGGUUGUGCUCAUGGCGCGGGAGCGGCCGCGGUCGGCGGUCGUGGCUCCCGGCGGGGACCUGGUUAGUGCCGGCGGCGGGGGCGGGGGCGGAGGGGAGGGGUCCGACGGGGACUCGUCGGGGUCGCUGGAGGAGAUCAGCGCGGAUGACUUUAAGAAGGAGUCGUCCGGUGGAGGCGGCGGCGCGGGCGCGGGUGCGGGUACGGGUGGGGGUGUGGCGGCGGCGCAGAGAUCUAGGGUUUGGAUGGGGUACAGCAUGCCGCGGAGCUACGCGCCGGCGUUCCACAGCUUCGCGUGGGCGCAGGCCGUGCAGAACAAACCGCUCGUGCCCCGCGCCGCCGCUGACGAGGACGAGGUGGAGCACGUCGUGGACACCUCGGACGAGGAGAAGGAGGAGGGCGAGAUUGAGGAGGGGGAGGCAGUGCAGAGCUCCGAGUCCCCACCACGUGCGCAGCCUGAGACCAUCGUCCUGGACUCUGACGUGCCGGAGAAGCCCGAGUCGGCGGCCAUGGACGGGGUCACAAUUCCGGCGGGUGCUGAGGAGGAGGACAUGGACUUUGACCAGCGUGUGGGGAGUAUACUUGAGGAGCUUGAGACGAUCUCCAUUGAGGAAGCUGAGAAGUCAUUUGAGGGUGCAUGUACUCGUUUGCGCACGAGCUUUGAGAACCUGAAGCCCUUGUUCCCAGAGACUGGGAGUCCGAUGCCCAUGCUUGAUACCCUUGUGCAACAGGCGUUUAUUGCAAUCGAUACCAUUACCACUGUGGCAAAUUCAUAUGACAUGCCAAAGAGGGAGCAGACCAAGAACAUGCUUUUAAAGUUGUUAUUCCACAUAAAGAACAGAUAUUCAUACAUGCUGACACCUGACCAGCGAAAUGAGCUGGAUAGCCGUGUGAGGCAGCUAGUGUUUGAGGAUGGCAAAGACACUGCAAAUUGUCCAAAUGCCACCUGUGGCACCAAUACAAGUAAUGUUGCGGCUACAUCUGGUCAGGUUUUGUCAGAGAGACUACCAUUUGAAUCAGGAGCAGGAAAUACAUUUAGUGGCACCAGUAUGCUCAAGGUUGAAAUUCCAUCAAAGAAUAGAAUGAUUAGCCCCUUGUUGGAUCUUCACGCAGAUUAUGAUGAAAACAGCUUGCCCUCACCAACUCGAGAUAGUACACCACCUUUUCCUGUGCCAAAGCCUAUUGGAUUUGGAACAUUUCUAAUGGCACCUGACAGACCAUCGAUUAUGGAAAGAGUUGAGCCUGUGAAGAAUUCUUCAUAUCCAUCCUUAAAUGAUGCACUGAAGGCUGUUUCCUCUUACCAGCAGAAGUAUGGGCAGAAGUCUACCUUUGCAAGUGAUGAUCUACCUAGUCCAACUCCUUCUGGUGAUGGGGAUAAAUCUGGAGACAAAGGAGGUGAUAUAUUUGGUGAAGUCUCGAGCUUUCCUGCUUCAAACAAGAUUGUGUUGCCAGUUGUGAAUCAGAUGCCUCCCUCUCGACCUAGUACAGUUAGCAGCAGUAGUGACAGUUUUGCAGGUGGUCCACCAGGUUAUGCUAAACAGAUUGAAAAUCCUGUUUCUGGAUCCAACCAUAUGCUAAAAGCUACAGCUAAAAGUAGAGAUCCAAGGCUUAGGUUUUUGAAUCGUGAUGCUGGUGUUGUUGCGGAUGCAAAUCGACGUUUGAAUUUUGCCGAACCAAAUCCUUCUAAGGAUAGGACCAUGGGUGUUGGUGUACCAAUCAAUAGCCGUAAGCACAAAACAGUUGAUGAACCUCUGGUGGAUGAAAACAUGUUAAAAAGGUCUAGGGGUGGCAAUGGGAAUCCAAGAGAUGUGCUGACACCUGCAGGUCGAGGUGGAUGGGCUAAAGAUGGAGUUAAUGUUAGCUCUUAUUCUAGUGAUGGGUUUCAGCCAAAUCAAAAUACAAGACUUGGAAACAGUACAACUGGAAGUCAUAAUGUCAGGACAGAUAGUACACUUGUUAGUAACACAAAUAAUAUGACAAAUAGUAGUGGCAUUAAUACUGGAGUUGUACAAGCACCCCAAACUAAUUCAUCUCCACAGACCAGUUCUGCUCCUUCUGUUUCAUUGCCUGCUAUGUUAAAAGACAUUGCUGUGAAUCCGACAAUGCUAAUGCAGUGGAUUCAAAUGGAACAGCAGAAGAUGUCUGCAACAGAACCUCUACAGAAGGUAACUGCUUCUGUUGGCAUGACUAGUAAUGAAACAGCUGGCAUGGUUUUACCGCUUAGCUGUGCUUCAAAGACCACAGAAGCUGCACCAGUUCCUUCUGUUAGAUCGCAAGUUCCAAUGCAGACAGCUGCUGUGCACUCACAAAAUGAUGCUGGAGUUAUACGUAUGAAACCACGUGAUCCUCGUCGCAUCCUCCAUAGUAACAUAGCACAGAAGAAUGAUACAGUUCCUCCAGUUGGAGUGGAGCAAGCCAAAAUCAAUGGAACUGCUCUGCCAGACUCUCAGGGUAGCAAGGACCAUUUGCUCAACCAUGAACAACAGGCAGAGCAACUUCAGACUAGUGCAUUGCCUUCUCAACCUGUUACACCUUCAGCACGGCAAGUCACCAUGAAUGCAAAUCCUGUCUCCAAUUCACAGUUAGCUGCUACAGCACUUAUGCCUCAUGGCAGCACACAACAAACUUCAAGUAGUGUAAAUAAGGCAGAUCCAAGAUUAACUGCUGGGCAGAAUGAAACUAAUGAUGAUGCUGUAACAAGUACUGGCCCUCUAACAGCACCUGAUGCUGUGCUGCCAGCUAGCCCAUGGGGAGAUGUUGAUCAUCUCCUUGAUGGUUAUGAUGAUCAGCAGAAGGCUCUCAUUCAGAAGGAAAGGGCAAGGCGGAUCAUGGAACAACAAAAGAUGUUUGCGGCACAAAAACUUUGCUUGGUGCUUGAUUUGGACCACACUCUUCUCAAUUCUGCAAAGUUCGCUGAAGUGGAACCUAUUCACGAGGAAAUUUUACGAAAGAAAGAGGAACAGGAUCGGGAGAGGGCAGAUCGUCAUCUAUUCUGUUUUCAUCAUAUGGGAAUGUGGACUAAACUGAGACCGGGAAUAUGGAACUUUCUUGAGAAGGCAAGCAAGCUUUAUGAGUUGCAUCUGUACACAAUGGGGAAUAAGAUUUAUGCUACUGAAAUGGCUAGGGUUCUUGAUCCUACUGGAACCUUGUUUGCUGGGCGUGUCAUCUCAAGAGGUGAUGAUGGUGAUACUCUUGACAGUGAUGAGCGAGUGCCAAAAAGUAAAGAUCUUGAUGGGGUAUUAGGGAUGGAAUCUGCGGUGGUUAUCAUUGAUGACUCUGUGAGAGUCUGGCCCCACAACAAACACAAUUUAAUUGUUGUAGAGAGAUACACAUAUUUCCCCUGCAGCAGGCGCCAGUUUGGUCUUCCUGGGCCAUCACUUCUUGAAAUUGAUCGAGAUGAAAGGCCAGAGGAUGGCACUCUUGCUUCUUCACUGGCGGUUAUUGAGCGUAUUCACCAAAACUUCUUUACCCAUCCUAACCUCAAUGAUGCUGAUGUGCGGAGCAUACUAGCAUCGGAGCAGCAGAGGAUACUUGGUGGUUGCCGUAUUGUCUUUAGCCGGAUUUUCCCUGUUGGAGAGGCCAAUCCCCAUAUGCAUCCUUUGUGGCAGACUGCUGAGCAAUUUGGUGCAGUUUGCACAAACCAGAUUGAUGAUCGGGUCACCCAUGUCGUGGCCAACUCCCUUGGGACUGACAAGGUGAAUUGGGCGCUAUCAACAGGCAGAUUCGUCGUUCAUCCAGGAUGGGUAGAAGCUUCAGCUCUAUUAUACCGGCGUGCCAGUGAGCUCGACUUUGCAGUUAAAUAACACAACAAUGAAUCCCUGUUUGCCAUCCAAAGUCGUGAGUAUCUGGGGACAUCCAAAAUCGUAACUUCCCGGGACAAGAUCCGGUCAAGGAAAACCUAAUAUGACAACAAAAACAAAACAACUUAAGUGAAAAAAAACGGACCAUACUAAGAAAACGCCCAGCCCCCUAAAAGAAUCGCAGGCCAAAGCAGGUAAUGGAAACGCCCAUUCAAAGCCUGAAAGAGAGAGGGCAUACUGUUUCUUGAGGUGCUGAGCAGUUGCCUGAUUAGGGUUCCAGGUGAGAACCGUCAAAGAAACAUGCCAGCAGCAAAAUUGGCAAAUGCUCACCAACCUCCCAUUGUGUAACAUGUAAAAUCUGGUACUACAUUUUUUGGUCACAGUCCUAGGUCUCGUCUCUUUGCUGCAACCCUGCUACUGGCCACACAGUAGUAGCAGUCACCCCACAUAUCAAUUCUGGUGAUGAGGGUGGCAAACUGUCAACUGGCAAGAGCAGAGCAGCAGGCAGCUUCUACUUGGGACUGGAACGGCGCAUUCAAAGUGUCUCUCUGUGUGUAUUCAUGUGGCUGUAACUGACUGCAGCUGCUGAUUCCUCCCUCUUGUGCCAUCUGAAAGCCACAUGCAUGGAAAAGGACACAUGAGAAAGGAGAUGUGAGAGGAGAAUGGCAAGGGGGAAGAAGGAAUGUUUACUGCGCUCGAUUUAUGGUGUUUCAGGAGUGGGAGAAAUUCCUUGGUUUGGUUGGGCCACCUGCUUGCUGUUUUUCUUGUGUGCCAGCUACCAACUUGAGUCGAUGGAUGGCAGAAGAGAAUAACGUGGAAGAUGUGGUUGGUUAGGUUGAAGCUGAACUGUACGAUGGAGGGUUUCACAGGGAGCUCGUGUUGGAAACUAACCUGCAUCGGUGAACAAUUGGGGGUGGUGAGGAAUGCUUUUAUUUGUUUCUUUUUUUUUGGAGGAUGGUAAAAAAAAAUCGGAAACUAACUAUUUACGAAACUGACAAGAAAGCUGAUCUGCUAACCCUUUUUUUGGAAACGAAAGAAGUGUUUGAUAAAAAGAUACGUAAA